AGCCUCAGAUAUGCUGCAGGCAUUGAUAUUUCUAAAGCACGAAUCAAUCUAAGGGGAUACCAUCUAUCUAAUUAAUGAAAUGUAAACAAGAAGUCCCAUCUGUUACUCACAUGGUUCAAGCAGUUUCACUCGUCUAUUUUCCUUUGCUUUUCGUUAAGCUUUUGCCCCCCCUACUGGUGAGGUUGAAUCAUUACAGUUGUUAUAAAACAGGCAACACAUGUCUUUUGUAACUACUGUCAGCUGGCGUUUGGUAACCGGCUGUGGUGCCUGGGAACGUAAUGUUUGCUUCCUCUGCUUAUUUUAGUUUACUUUAAAUAAUAAAUCAGCAUCACAUUUUACAGCCAGGAUGCCUCCUACAGUGGCCGGUGAUCAAGCUGUGGUCAGGCAGAUGUUGAGGGAGGUGCUAGUGGGUCGAGAAGAUCCGGAGUGUUUCUUCGCGAUGUGUCUGUCCGUCCUGGGAAACCAAGAGACCCGCUCAGAAUUCCUGUCCGUCAUCAAGCCGCUGUCCACAGCUAAUAUCCGGCUGCACUCAGUCCUCAGAUCCCUCUAUCAGGACUAUUUCACUAAGACUGAGGAUGAUGAGCUGGAAAUUGCUUUGGCUCUGUCUCUUCUGGAAAUGAAAGAAAACCAAAUGUCCGCUCCUAACCAACUGGUUCUUCAGGCUGGAAACGAUCAAAGCAGUUUACCUCUGAGUUCAAAACCAACGUCUCAGGAAAAAAGCUUUUCCAAACAAGAAGAUGUACCUGGCAGAGAAAAAAGUGAAUUUACAGAGCAGUCAAGAUCAAAGACUAAGGAAACCUUCCUUGACAAUGAAAAUGAUAAAAGUCUGAGUUUUAAAAGUGGUGAUAACCAAUCACUAGGGUCAAGUCAGCCUCCAUAUAUUCCAGGAUCCUCUGCCUCAUUUACCAUUCCAACCACAGCAUCCAAAAGUGACCAAAUGAUAAGGGGAGAUGGGAAUGUAUCAGAGAAACCAAAGCGCCCUAAAAAUAGGCGCCAGCGGCGAAAAGCAGCUGCCCAGCAGGUUGUAGGUUUGACCCGUUCUCCAUCAGCACCACCACCUGUUUUACUCUGGUUCAGGAGAGAUCUUAGACUCUGUGACAACCCUGCUCUCAUCAGCUCUCUGGAGGUGGGUGCACCUGUCAUCCCUAUCUUUAUUUGGAGUCCUGAAGAGGAGGAGGGUCCAGGGGUCACUGUAGCUAUGGGCGGGGCUUGUAAAUAUUGGCUUCAUCAGGCUCUGUCUUGCUUCAUAGCAUCUUUGGAGCAGAUCGGCAGUCACCUCGUCUUCUUUAAGGCCAGUAAUGAUGUAAAUGAGGUCGGAUCUUCUCUGAAUACCCUAAAAACAUUAGUAAAGGAGACCGGAGCACAAAGUGUGAUGGCUAAUGCUUUAUACGAACCGUGGCUGAAAGAGAGGGAUGAUGCAGUCUCGUCAGCCCUGCAGAAAGAGGGCGUUGAAUUUAAGUUGUUCCACUCGUACUGCCUCAGAGAUCCAUUUUCUGUCAGCACAGAGGGCGUCGGACUCAGAGGAAUAGGAUCAGUUUCUCAUUUUAUGAGCUGCUGCAGACAGAACCCAGGGGCUGCUGUAGGCGUUCCUCUGGACCCACCGGUGUCUCUUCCCUCACCUGCCCAUUGGCCACAAGGAGUCCCUUUGGAUGCUCUGGGCCUGGCACGCAUGCCACGCAGGAAGGAUGGCACAAUCGUUGACUGGGCAGCAAACAUUCGGAAGUCCUGGGACUUCAGUGAAGAUGGAGCACACGCCCGACUGGAAGCUUUUCUUCAUGAUGGGGUUUAUCGGUAUGAAAAAGAGUCAGGCAGAGCAGAUGCUCCGAAUACCAGCUCCCUGUCUCCCUAUCUGCACUUCGGUCAGCUCAGCCCACGCUGGCUUCUGUGGGACGCCAAGGGAGCGCGGUGUCGACCUCCCAAGUUCCAACGCAAGCUGGCAUGGAGGGAUUUGGCUUAUUGGCAACUGACACUGUUUCCUGACCUGCCCUGGGAAUCCCUCAGACCUCCAUACAAGGCUUUGCGCUGGAACACUGAUCGCAGCCACCUGAAGGCUUGGCAGAAAGGUAAAACCGGCUACCCGCUGGUUGAUGCAGCCAUGAGGCAGCUUUGGCUGACAGGCUGGAUGAACAACUACAUGCGACAUGUUGUGGCAUCUUUUCUCAUUGCAUAUCUCCAUUUGCCUUGGCAAGAGGGCUAUCGUUGGUUCCAGGACACAUUGGUCGAUGCGGAUGUUGCUAUAGAUGCCAUGAUGUGGCAGAAUGGCGGUAUGUGCGGCCUGGAUCACUGGAACUUUGUCAUGCAUCCGGUUGAUGCAGCGAUGACCUGUGACCCAUACGGCAGCUAUGUCAGGAAAUGGUGUCCCGAGCUUGCAGAUUUACCAGAUGAGCUGAUUCACAAACCCUGGAAAUGCCCUGCAUCCAUGCUGCGACGAGCCGGUGUGGUGUUUGGCCAGACGUAUCCUGAACGGAUAGUAAUCGAUCUGGAGGAGCGAAGGACCAAAUCCCUACAAGAUGUAGCUCUGGUACGCAAGCAGUUUCAGCAAUAUGUCGACAAGCGCUCGGGCUGUGAUCUGGUGCCUUUGCCCAAACGUCUAGUGUCUGAGGCUCUGGGUUUGUCCCACCGGGACGGUGCUGUGGUCACAGAAGGGAAACAAUUCCUACUGCCUGUCAUCACCCGCAUGGAGUUCAAACACCAGCUGGAAGACCCGGACGCAGACGCAGCAUCAAACCCCUACAAUGCAGUCCUAAAAGGAUACGUGAGCCGCAAGAGAGACGAGACCAUCGCUUUCCUUAAUGAGAGAGACUUUACGGCCAGUGUGAUGUACGAGGGAGCUCAGAGACGGGAGAGGCUAGAGAGGGAUCAUCGUAGAUUGGAGGGUCUCCCUCCGCCCCCUUCAGCCAGAGGAAAGGCCAGAAGGACUCCAACAGCCAAGGACAGAUUCUCCGUGGUGCCUGGUGGUGCCAUUGUUUCAAAGAACUGAAUGAGAAAUCAGCAGGAUUGUAACAUUUUUAUAUUAUUUAAGUUAAAGUUUGAUUUGGUUUUCUGAUAUUUUUUUUCUCUCAAAAGUGUACCUUACAGUACUGUCACUAACACUAACAUGCUGGUUGAACUUACAGUAUGUCUUUUUAUGCUGCUACAAGAUUUUGAAAUGAAAGUGCCUUUUAAAAAGUAUUCCUUAAACUAUUUUUGUGUUUUUUUCUGUUUUAAUCACAAAGUUCAGUGUACUUUAUUGGGAGUUUCUGAGAAGCAUCAGAACAAAGAAGUACACGACAAUGAUGAGGUGGAAAUUAUGCAUUAGAAAUUUCUCCAGGAAUAAAUAUUUGAAAUAUUGGCAAUUUUAUUAUCCAUCUAACUCAAAACUGUUUUCCUGUAGGACUGGCUUAUGUUUGGAUCAGUUACUUCCCCCUUAUUUUUCAUUCUGAUAACUGUAUAUUUAGUAUCAGUUUUCAAACAGGCUCUAAACUUGGGCCUAUUAUCCAGGAAGUUUAGUUUUGGUUGCAUAAAGUUCUUCCAACCAUUGAUUCUA